UACCACUUUCUAUAUUUGAUUUAAAAGUUUGUAAUGGAGAUUGCUCGUCCAGGGAGGCCGUGCCGAGGCACUCGCCCCACCCUGGGCCCUCGUGACUGUGGAGGACAGCGCGGAGAGAGGGCACGCUGCACCCAUGGGCACCUACCUGUCUGCGCCCUGGUCGCUGCGUGGCGGGCGCAGAGGCCACCUGCGCACCCUCGGGCAUUUUGCGCAACAGCCUUCCAGCGUUCUCCGCUCUCCACGGCAAAUCGCCUUGAUCGAGGAAUUGAAGGAGGCUCGAAAAUUCCUUGUGUUUUUUCGGUGGGGUUCAGCUGUUGCAAAAAUAAUUGGUAAUAAUGUCAAGAAACUUCAGAAGUUUGCCUCCACCGUCAAGAUGUGGGUCUUUGAAGAAACAGUUAAUGGGAGAAAACUAACAGACAUCAUAAAUAGUGACCACGAAAAUAUAAAAUAUCUCCCUGGACACAAGCUGCCAGAAAAUGUGGUUGCUGUCUCAAAUCUCAGUGAGGCAGUGCAGGAUGCAGACCUGCUGGUCUUUGUCAUUCCUCACCAGUUCAUUCACAGAAUCUGUGAUGAGAUUACUGAAAGGGUGCCCAAAGAAGCGCUGGGAAUCACCCUCCUCAAGGGGAUAGACAAGGGCCCCGAGGGGCUGAAACUCAUUUCCGACAUCAUCCGAGAGAAGAUGGGCAUUGACAUCAGUGUGCUGAUGGGAGCCAACAUUGCCAGCGAGGUGGCUGCAGACAAGUUCUGUGAGACCACCACCGGCAGCAAAGUAAUGGAGAAUGGCCUUCUCUUCAGAGAACUUCUGCAGAUUCCAAAUUUUCGAAUUACUGUGGUUGAUGAUGCAGAUACUGUUGAACUUUGUGGUGCUCUGAAGACCGUUAAAGUACUGGAGAACGAGAUGCUGAAUGAGCAGAAACUCCAAGGACCUCAGACUUCUGCUGAAGUGUACCGCAUCCUCAAACAGAAGGGCCUAGUCGACAAGUUUCCAUUGUUUACUGCAGUAUAUCAGAUCUGCUACAAAGGAAAAUCUGUUCAAGAUAUGUUGUCUUGUCUCCAGAGUCAUCCACAGCAUAAAUAAAGUGAAUCAUGCAACAUGUUGAGGAAAUUUCUGCCAUA